GUGACGACCAGCAGCGGCCACGACACCAUGAAGGGACUCUUCAUUCCUCUGUUGCUCACUGGCCUCACUCAGGCCGUCCGAGUAUACCUGCAUCCGGGCCCUCAUGUUCCUCCUCGCCUACAUGCCUGCACCGCCGGCGCAACCCUUGCCAGACAUCUCGAUCUCGAGCGGUUCGAGGAUGCUGCACCUAACUUCAGAGAACAGGGGUUAUUCGUCGGCCGUGGCUUCGGUACCGGGAUGCUUUUGACAAUCAGUGAGGAAGAUGCACGAGCGGUGAUCCCCCACUCCCUCAAGAAGUCCACAUUCUCCAUCUCCCCCACACCCACCGCCGACUCCCUUUCCGUCCUCAUACCCACCUACAUCGACCGCGCUCAUCACGUGUACUCUCACGUCUAUGAGCCGACCAUACCUUUCGCGCCCCACGAAAGUACGGCGGCCUCCCUGCAGGUCUUUGCCGACUUGAAGGACUUCCUCGAGGGCGACUACCCUGUCGACCGCUUCGCCGCCUUCGAUUUCACCUCCCUCACCGCGUCCCUCAAGGCCGCCCCCGAGACAGACCACGAGCAAGUGCACGAAGCCCACAAGGUUCUCCGCGAGAUCCUCAAGGACCUCGCGGAGCGUGACGACGUCAAACUCGCCAUCGUCUCCGUCCCCUCUUCCCACUCGCACCAUUCCGGCCGCACGCACGGCCACAGUAAACGCCAGCCACAGCAGAGCCCGCUGCCGCUGCCGCGCCCCGGAGAGCCAAUCGCCGCGAUCUCGACGUGCCACGCGAGCGCGGAGACGUGCGGGAACGCGACGGACGCGUGCAGCGGACGCGGUGCGUGCGUCGCGGCGACCAAGGCGGGCAAGACGUGCUUCGUGUGCGCAUGCAGCGCGACGACGGACCCGAAGGGCAGGAAGGAGCACUGGGCGGGGAGCGCGUGCGAGCGGCAGGAUGUGAGCGGGCCAUUCGUGCUCCUUGCCGGGACGACGAUCACGCUGCUGCUGCUCAUCGGGGGGUCUGUUGCGCUCCUUUCGGGCGUGGGCGAACAGCAGUUGCCGAGCACGUUGACUGGGGGUGUGGCUCAGCACUCGCGGUGA